AUGGAUUCAGCAUACGAACCACCGCUAGCAUUGGAAAUAAUCGGUACAAUUUUCAUUGGCGUCGCUCUGUGCUUCUCGCUAUGGAUUGCGGUUGACAUUGUGAGGAGAAGAGGAUGGAGGACUAUGAUGGCCAUUAUGAUACCCGUAUAUAUUCUCAACGCGCUGUAUCUCGCGCCGAUAACGCUCUGGACUUACCUCAACUGGGGACGACCUCCGAAGCCGCUGGCAGCAAAUCAUAUCAACGAAACGGAUCGAGAUACGAAACUUGUGGACGCAGAAAAGGGAGAGCCACAUGCACACAUGCAUAUGACCCAUGAAGGACAAAAUAUGCAUGGACCGGCUGGACACGCGGACGAUGAGGGACAUGGAUUCGAUGUGGGCCAGGCUGAUCCUGUGCACCAUACCGACCACGAUCUCCAUUCCAUGACCGCACACCACGAGCACAGUCCGAGGUACGAAACCAACCAUCAGGGGAGCCAGAUAGACACGCAUUCCGUGCACGACAUGGGAGACCAUACCAGUCACAACAUGUCAAAACAUGAAGCACACGAUAUGUACAAUCCCACCUUGAACGUCAUUGUGUCCGGUCACGACAUGUCUAAGCACGCCGAUCACAAUUUAGGCCUUCAGGCUGAUCAUAAAACGGACGAUCCUCUCGAUCAGGACAAGUUAAAGCAUGCUCGGCAUGACGUGAACCCGCAUGGCGGACAUAACAUAUCGCAACAUAUGCACAUGAUGGACGAGCGACCAAUGUUCGCAACGAUCACCAUCGCGGUCUGCCACUGCGGUGCUGCUUGUCUGCUUGGCGAUAUCGUUGGUGAAUGGCUCGUCUGGGGAGUCGGAGCGCAGAUCAACGGACGCUCGAUCUGGGCCGAGUGGCUCGUCGAUUACGCCUUCGCCUUGGUCUUCGGCAUCGUGUUUCAGUACUGGAGCAUCGCACCCAUGUCAGGAGAAUAUGGUCCGAAGACACUGUGGCGUGCAGCGAAAGCAGACUUUCUCAGCUUGACGGGGUUCCAGAUCGGCUUGUUUGGCUGGAUGGCGAUUUUCCAGCUCGCGAUUUGGCAGGACCGCCUGCAGAUGAAUAAUGUCGUGUAUUGGUGGAUGAUGCAGGUUGGGAUGUUUAUGGGUCAUUGGACGGCAUUUCCAGUGAAUUGGUGGCUCAUCAAGAAUCGAAUUAAGGAGCCUUGCGCAUAG